AUGAAGAUAAAAAGUCAAAAAAACAGAGAUUAUGCCUUACACGAGCCGGCAUUGCGACAUUUACUUGGCACACUCGAAAAUUACGGGCAGCAUCUCGACAAAGAGCGUCAGGCGAGACUUGAGGCUCUUGUUAAUAAACAAAAUCCCGUGAAAAAAGUCGAAGAACGUCCCAAAUCUGCGUUUUUUGCAAGAAAACGAGAAUAUCCCCUUCAUGAACCUCGUUUUCUGGACUUGCAAUUGAAUUUUUUGAAAUAUUUUCAACGUCCUUCAACAGCGGGGCAGACCAAAGAUGAGAAACGACGUCGUGCCAGGUUGGAAAAGGCGAUUCAGAGGAGAAAAAAUAAAAUUAUUGAGAAGCGACAGUCCGUUAUUGAGGAUUUAGAGGAGCAAUUAGAGGAAAUACUCGAAGAGGAAGUUGAUGAAAUGACAAAUUUAGAAAAAAUGGAACACGAGAAAAAAAUUCAAAAUUUAAAAAAUCGAAUUUUACGUGAAAAAGAGAAUUUAGGCUACGGAAUUUUGCCGAUGAAGGAGAAAAAAAUCAAACCGGAAAAGCUGGAAGUUGUCUUGGAAUGGAAUAAUCCACCGAAAUACGAUCGAGCCGCGCCCCAAUCACGUCAUAUAAUGCAAGUGAGUAAACAGCAUGGCCCGUAUUUCGAUGGCAAGCGAAAAGCCAUUCUCGAUAGGCACGUCGAGAAAAGUCGCGCGAACGAGCAGGAGUAUGCCGCAUGGAAACGACAAAUAAGACAAAAUGUCGCGGAAAAAUUAAGGAACGAAGGUGUAACGGUACAACAACCCGUGAAAUUACAACCGAAAGACGCGUUGCCGUCACCGUUGCCGCGCAUCAAGUCGCGUGUGCAUGGCAAGGCACCGGAAUACACGUUGCCAGAACCCGGCUUUCGAUAUUUGGCAAACACGGAGCAACAUUAUUUGCAGUUUCUACGCGACGAGGCACGACAUGAAUUUUGUACGAGAUUCAAAAAGGCGCAAGAAAUUGAAUUGAGAAAGCAGGAAAAACGUGAAAGGCGAAUUGAAAGAGCGCGUCAGGCAUUGUUACAGCGACAAAAGACGACAACGCCAUCACCGAAGGAAUUCCCAAACCAGCAUGAGUGGCAGAACAUAUCCCGAGAUUACGUUCAACACGAACCACUUUUCCGCUACAUUGAAAAUGUCAAAUUGAACUUUUACGACUAUUUAACGCCGAGACAAAGGAGACGCAUCGAUCGGAAAUACGAGGAAAUGCGGAAACAACGAAAAGCGAAGGAACGGGAGGAAAAAUAUUGUCAAGCGUUUCCGAAGAACUGUCAAAAGGCGAUUGAUGAGGAAAUAAAGCCAGAUCCCGAGUUGAAUUGGGUUCCGAGAACGGGAUAUGUCUUGCAUGAGCCGCUUUUUCGCUACUACGAGGAUUUUAAGGAGAAAUAUUUGCAUUUGUUGAAAGAAAAACAACGAAAGGCGUUCAUGACGAAGUACAAAGAGGCCAAAGCAAAGGAAGAUGAAAAAAAGAAGAAAAAACAAAUAAAUGAGCCAGAAGAGGACCAAAAUCAAUCUGAGGAUCUUCCUCCUGUUACUCCACGUACCGAUUAUGACUUGUAUGCUCCUGGAUUUCGUUUUGUACAAAACACAGCCGAGAAUUACGAGCCGUAUCUCGGUGAAAAAUUCAAAGAGCCAUUCUUACAACGUUAUAAAAUGAUGAAAGAAGCAGAAAAAGAACGCUUAGAAAAGUUAUCAAAACGUGAAAAAGCUGCUCAAGGAGAUGAUGAAACUAAAGAAUCCGUAGCAGAAAAUAAUGAUAAAUACGAUCCUCAGCGAAAUUACGACUUGGCAGAUCCACGUUUCAACCAUUUAUAUGCCACUUGGAUGCAAUUUAAGCAUAAAAUACCUGAAGAGCGGAAAGAAUAUGUGGAAAACUUGUUGAAAAAGCUUUCAACUCAUGCAGAAACCACUCAAAAGACGCACGAGAAACGAUGUGAAUAUGCCAUGAGCGUACGAUGCGAAAAUAAACCACAAAAAACUAAGGAAAAUGACGAAAUUGAGUCACCUGAAGAGCGAAAAGAUCGAAUUGCACGCUUGGCAACCCCAAAUACGAGACAACUUGAGACCACUUAUGCGUCGUACAAGGAUGUCAUGGACAAAGAUAUGGCAAAACGCAUAAAAGAGACACUCGAUCGAGAGAAUUUAAUGUCAAUGGAGGAAAUGGAAAAGCAACUCGCUGAUGAGAAACAAAAGGCACGAGAACGUCUCCGCCGUAUAAAACUACGCAAAGAAAAUCGUCAAAAAGUACUUUGCAAACUUCAAUACGAAGCGUAUAAGCAAAUUCUAGCGAAAUUACUUCAAAAACUUUCACAAGGACUUCCAAAGAAAAUCCUUUACAGCCCUGCGGAAGUAAAUCUCACGUGCGAACAACUAAAAAUUUAUAAAACUGCCCUCUGGAACUUGAAUGACACACACGGGAUUACCGGAAGCUCCCAUUUGCACGGCUUAACGAUGCAAAUUGUCGAGUUCUUUGAUGCAUUUUUAAAUUAA